AUGGAUCCCCAGCAGCAAAAUAAUGGAUUUGGACCAAUUUCGAAGCUUCGCGGAAGGACUUCCGUCAUAACUGCGUCAUUUCUGAUCGUUUUGUCUGGUGCCGUUCACUGCGUUUACUUUAAAAUCGCUUAUUCUUCGGAAGACAAAGAAGGCAGAGUCGAAUUCCAUUUUCUGCUCUUUGGUUUUGCCCUUCUCAUUCUGAGUUUCGUCCUCGGCGAGCUUGUGCGAAGACUGUGUUUGGUGAGUGAAGAAAUUCGCCACAAGGAGACUCGAUAUAAAGGAAGUUGGAAAAAGGUUUUUACUUCCACUUUCACUUUCAGACAUGGCCGAACUGUUCUGGUAGUUUGUAUUGCUUCCCUUCUUUUUGUGUUUUAUUUCUUGUACGAGCAUUGUAACACAUGUUGCCGUUCAGAAUACGCGAUCCUUUUCUCGCUCAACUGCUUUCUUUCACCACUUUUAUUGUUUCUUAUUGGCUUACGAGAAAUUUCUAGCGUGGAAUUAUCAGAGAUCAACGAAAAUAAUAACAAAAAUGUGGCUGAUGGUCUAGCUUGGGGCUACUAUUUUGGCUACUUGAAGAUGGUUCUUCCAAUUCUUGCUGAGAGGAUCGGACAGACGGAUUACAAGUACCUGAUUCCGAUCCACAAGCUGUUUAUUUUGAUACCCAAAACAUGCUACAUAUACGAUAGCAUUGAGAAGGCAGACCAUAGAAUGAAAUUUGUUGAUAAUCUCACCUUAACUGUGAGCAGUCGAGGUGGAGUAUCGAAACUUAAGUACAAAACCAGCGUGCAUCGAAUAGAGAUACUACGCCCAGAUGGAACGAUUAAUCCGGAACCGCCUCAUGUGGCUGUAGAGUAUGCUGUUCCCCUGAGGUCCUUGUAUGCCAUGUCUGAUCCAAGGGAGGGUGUAGUGAGUUGCCAAGAGCGAGAUGAGCAGGUAAUUCUAAAUCUAAUGUCAACAUGUUAAAAAAAUUCCCCUAUUAGCAUGAGGCCUCCUUUCCCUGGCUGUAUUUAAAAAAAAUGUUGCGGGGCAAAGCAUUCAUUCUUUGGGUAUAAUUAUGCAAUACCGUAAAAUUCCAAAAAUAAGCCCCUCCAAAUAUAAGCCCCCCAAACCGGUAACACAAAAAGACCCUCCGUUAAAUUGCCCCUCCAAAUAUAAGCUCCCCAGGGGCUUGUACUUGAAAAAUUUCCCUCAAAUGCAAAGUAAAACGAAGCAAAAACAGUAAAUUUACUUCCAACUAUAAGGCUAGCCCAAUCAAUUUUGAAACGCAAGUUUCCCUCCGUAGAUACGCCCCUCCGAAUAUAAGCCCCUCCAAAAAUAAGCCCCUCAAAAGGGGCCUUUGAAAAAUAUAAGUCCCGGGGCUUAUUUUUGGAAUUUUACGGUAAGUCCUGUCAUUUGGACAGAAGUCCUUUAAACUCUGCGAUGAAAGGCCUCAAAGUGGCCUUACUUGUCCUCUAUUUUUAUCAAAUUUAAGGAGAUUGAUUUUAGCUUGGUAAACAUCUCCUACAAAAUUGUCAAUCGAGACUCAAGUACAUACUACAUUGUACCACUAUCUGUCUUUUCACUAACCAAGAGCCUACUCAGGGGCAUAGCCAGCCCAUAGAACUGUACGCCCGGGCCAACAAAUUUUUGGUUUGAUCACUCUACCACUUAUGUUUUGUUGGGGCGAGCUAGCUAAAAAGCCCAAGAGAUCAAAGUGUUGGUGAGGUCAGUGCAUACUAGCCAUGCGUGCAAUUUUCAGGAUAUGUGGAAAUAAAGGUGCUGGUGCGGCCGUGCUUAUUUUAAGGGUCAAGCUGUGAUGCAUGCAAUGGUGUAUCUGUCAUUAUUUUCUUGAAAACAAGGUACAAGUAUGACAAUGACAAUACGCCAUUUCUGAGUUGCUUCAAGUCUAUGUUCCAAAGUGAGGCUUAGCGUAAAGCCAUUGAUACGAAAAUUAUUUUUUUUAUUUUUAUAAGCAAAUAAAACUCAUUUUAGAACAAAGGUUUUGCAUUUCGCCUCACUUUGAAAGUGACGGUUUCUUGAACUGAGAUUAAAUUUAAUGGCUUAUUAUUAAAUUCAGUUUUUGUAAUUAUAAUUGGAAUCAGAUCAAGGCCUCAAUUUUAAUAAUUAAUAUAUUAUUGCCAUCAGCUUUGACCUAGAUUAUUCUGGAUAUCACAAAAACCUCAUCCAAUAGGUUUUUUUUUAUUUUAUCACCACCCACAAAGUUUCUGUGAAAGAUGUCCUGCCUUUUUCACAGAGAGGUACAAAUGGCUAAUUGAAUUUGGAUUGGCUCACCCGGAAAAAAGGGCCAUGGACUAGUUUUGAUUCAGAUGCCAAACAUCAUACGAGACGAGCCAAAUGCAUAAAGUUUUAUAGUAUUUAUAAUUGUAAAUGACAAUGUAUUCCCUCCCCUUCUGAAUUAAGUUCAGCUGGAAAAAUAAUGGCAUCUGAAUCAAUGCAACUGACCUAAAUUCAAAUUUGAUUUGGCUUGCGUGAAGUAUGCUGUGUCUGAACCUGGUUUAAGUACAAUGGAAGCAACAAUAUUUUUAUGGCCGAAUAUACAACAGCCUUUCUUGGCCUUGUAUAAGUUUUGAUAACUAUCUCUAUUAAGGGCGAGGAGGGUCCAUCAAGCAGAAGAGAAAAACAUUUGUUCUGCAUUAAUUUUAAUACAGCUUCAAAUAUUAUUGUGUUACUUAUAAACUCUAUCAUAUUUCUAAACAAAUGCUUUGUGCUGAUAGGUGGUUCUGUUUAUCCGUAAACUGAGAGAAAUCUUGGAUAGUUCUGAAGAAUGUCGAGGGAAAUAUGAAUUAGUGCCAAUUUCAGGAGAAGAAAAUCAAAUUGCAGAUGUGCUAGUACAUAUACUUCGUGAUGAACAUCUACAGCUGAAUCAAAGAGCUGAAGAAGCUGAGUAA